AUGGGAAACGAAACGGUGGAGGUGAAACCCUGGAUAGUGAGACUGAUAUUAAUAGUUGGAGGAUUAUUUGGAGCACAUCGAUUAUAUUUGAAACAAGUUCCCGAAGCAUUUGUAUUCUUUUCUACACUCGGAGUUGUUCUCAUCGGAUGGUUAUAUGACAGUUUUAUGUUCAAAUAUGAAGUAAAUGCAUACAAUCAAUUGAUAAAACAAAGUGACGAUAAUAAAGAAAAAGAGAAAUGGAAGUCGGUAGUUUCAGAGAAGUCGCCGAAACCAAUCUUACCAGUUUUCAGAAAUGGAAAACUGCAAUUGGCUCAAUCAAGAUUCGUGGAAUUCUCAUUCACUCGAUUCUUGUAUUCAGUUCUUUAUGGUUCAUACAUUGGACUUGCCACGUGGCUUGCGUGUACAGUAACCUUUGGAUGGACAGAUAUCAACUUGAUACCAUUCAUUUGCGUGGUUGCGUUAGGAAUAACUGCAGGAAUAUACAUAAUUGGACAAUGUGGUGAACAGAGUCGAGAAUUGAGCUACAUUUGGCUCGCUAGUUUUUCAUCAAUGUUUAUAAUGGUUCGACUAGCUCAAACCACAGUAUUUCGUGCCAUUUUCUUAACUGCAAUCGUUUCAACAGUCAUCGGGAAUCGGAGUGCAAAAAUCAAGAGAAGACGGCAUACUUGGAAACAUUUUCUGUUCUGGUCUUCGCUUUUCAUGAUGCUUGUCUGUGUGAUUCUGUUGGGAUGCUCAAGAAAAGUUGCAGAUAAGCAGGUGACAGCCACCCGUCCUGGUACAUUCCGAGAGACGACUUCUGUUGGAAGUCUGCUGAGAGAUCGAGUUUUUGAUCCGAAGAAAGUUCAUAGUUUCUUUGAAGGAAAUCCCAUCAUCGAGUAUCAUUCGAAAUCCGAUUCGAAAAGCAAACCACCCACAAAAAAUCACAAAAAUGUGUCGUUUUGGCAACAAGUUUGGAGUGGAGAAUUGUUCGAUGAGCUCACCGGAGCUGCUCAUUUGACUAAGAUCGAUUGGAUCGAAUUAACAACUACUUUCAUUGUUGAUGUUCUUCGUGCAGAAGCGCGUGUUAUUGAUAAAUCAUCUACUGUUGAGCCAUUCAAAUGGGCAUUGUGGAGGAACUAUCUGAUUCAUCGUUUCUCUUUGGAUCCACUAACUUCUGAUGAUCGUCUUCGUGCAGAAUGCAAAAAAUGGCAGAAAGAACAAAAAUCGAAACGAGGAAAUGAAGAGAAGGAUUAUAAAAUACUGGCAGCCAAACAGGGAUGUUCCACGUUUCAGUCUUAA